AUGACUGAAGCCCCGGGGAAACGCAAAUCUGCUGCUGUUUCACUGUACGAUGACGAAGACGAAGAAACGCCACCUGCGAAAAAGGCUGCUGGAGCAAUCGGAUAUUAUCCUGAUACCUUCCAAAGCAAGUAUUAUGUUAGCAUGGAGUAUGCGUAUCAGUUGAUUGUGGCUAUCAUCUAUCAGUUAGUUGUCAUUGUUCCACUGCUAGUAAUCGCGGAAGGCUACAGCAAGGAAAAGAAAACUGAAGCCUCACCGCCUGUCGACGCCUCCGCGAAGGAGAAUGCAGGUGAUCAUAUCAGCAAUGGAGAACCGCAGAAAGAAGUAUCUGAGCGAGUAACGACUACAGGAGGUUAG